AAAUAGAAUCGCAAUACUCAAUUUAAAUACUGGGCACUAUCAGGUGAGCCAAUGGUUAUGUGGCUUUCUGGUUUGCAUAUACCUCAAAGUUAUCUAACAGCAUUAGUUCAGAUUGCUUGUCGCAAAAAUGUUUGGCCAUUAGACAGAUCAACCUUAUAUACUUGUGUUACAAAUUAUACAGACCCAGAUGAUAUUGAAGAACGCCCAGCUACGGGCUGCUACAUAUCUGGACUUUACAUUGAAGGCGCUCGGUGGGAUAUGAAAAUCAAUGAAUUGGCGCGUUCGCAUCCCAAAAUUUUGGUGGAAGAAUUACCAAUUAUGUCAGUUGUGCCAAUAGAAGUUCACAGACUGAAAUUACAGAACACCUACCGUUCUCCAGUGUACACAACAUCCUUACGACGCAACGCUAUGGGUGUAGGUCUCGUGUUCGAAGCUGACCUAGCCACAUCGGAAGAUUUAAGUUUAUGGAUUUUACAAGGAGUUUGUUUAACAUUAAAUACUGACUGAAAAAUUUUUAAAAUGUUUAUUUUUUAACU